GUAAUAUUUUCUUAUAUAGGCAAGACUCCAAGUGGCUUUUAGGCUCUCAGUUCGCUCUUCGAAUAUAAAUUCCUUCAGCUCUGGCUCGCACAAGUCUUCUCCUCUACGAUAGACAGGCCUCAUCUUACUUAUACAGUUUAAUCCAUAUCCAUAUUCUGCUCUGACAUCAUGUCCAGCACACUCACAAGGACUGACACGACGAGACCUCCCUCUCCCGUCGAUAUAUGCCCUACCCGCAAUGGCGACCCUCUAGCCAUUAACGUGACUAUUAGGCAAGACCCUCUGUCUGUGACAUUGGAUGGGCCCGCUAUCUUCUUCAUUGCCAUCUUGCUGAUUCUCAGCACUCAAUUGCUCCAGCCUUCGACCGUGGCCUUUCUCAUCAGUGUGUUGACCGUCGUUGUAUUCGUCCACAAUGAUUACCAGAACUAUUUAAAGCUCGGCCCCGGAGGUACGCCAGCGACAUUUGCCGGUUACAUUCGCAUCAACUGGUUUAAACUCUGGGCCUGCCGAGACCCCUUCACCCCUCUCCCAGCAGACCCAGACGUGCAGCCAACCGCUGGAAUCCUCCGCGGGAAACCGCUUCCCUACCGCUGCGGGCUGCGACCUAAAGUCGUCGGAAUCGCACCGCAACGGCAGGUCAACCAGUUUGGUUCUCGGGACUGCUACCUUACUCUACGGCAUAUCUUGGAAUCUCAUAGCCGUAAUAACCCGGAGGAAGUGGGCAUCGGCACAUCUUGCUUUGAAAAGCACGGCUUGGCCCUAUUCUCUCGAUAUCCUUUCAACAAGACAUGCCAGGGUGAAAUCUGUCACGUGCAUAACUCGGACUACUCGAUGCACCUAAACCUGCACCCGGACGACGUAAAGGAGGUUAUCGAGAAAGGCUGGGGUCAGCGACAUCCCUUGACGAGCCAAUGUUUCCUGAAGAUGCCCGUCCCUAAACAAUUCACCAUGGUAUACGCUCCGCGAUCGAUGGAUGAGCUGAAAGUUGUGUGCCAGAUCAUCGAAGCCGCAGGCUGGUGGGUUAGUGCAAAGGAGACGAAACUGAACGUGAUGGGAGAGAAUUGAAUUAUUACAUGGGCGUUUGCAAACUGGAUAGCUGGGCUGAAGGUCUUACGACGCAUAAAGUAUACGGAUAGCUCCUGGGUAGGACUCGUUUGCCUAGAUUGUCCUAUGAGGCGGAAAUGACCCGGUAAACCAGAGAUUGGCC